UGGUUGCCUGGUCGUGGCGGGGCUAUCAGCCCGGGUUUUCCGGAGUUGCUCGGGUUGGGUUCGGGAGAAGCAUGGCCAGGUGGAGCCAGUGCCUGCGUGAGCUGCAGGGACCUCUGCUCCCGCCUAAGGACCUGGUGGAAACGGACGAUGACUGCCUGUUGGACGAUGUGGAAGACGACGAAGACGACUCGGUGUUUGUGGACGCCGAGGAGCUCUGCAGCGGGAGCGUCAGGGCUGGGAGGCUCCCCGGGCGCCUGCGCAUUUUGAUUCCUGAUGAAAACACUAAAGAGCAAUGUGCUGUGUUUGGACGUUUUCCAAUAACGGGUCCUUGGUGGCGAGUGAAGGUGCAAGUGAAGCCUGGGGGAUCAAGGUGCUAUCAUGUUCAGGGAUUUCCUUCUUAUUUCUUACGGUCUGACAUGGGACCACCAUGCCAAAAAGAAAUCUGUUCCCUCUUUCUUAAAGAGUGUGGGGUCUCUGAUGAUGAUCGCAAGAAAUUUUCACUAUGGGUAAAUAAGGUGUCCAGCUUUCAAGACCUAAGCUUCGAAAAUCUUGGAGAAACAUUGAGAACUUUCUAUCAGGAAAGUAAAAGGAAAGAUGGGAAAAAAUCUACACAGGGUGAACAGAAAGAGUGGCUCCCAGAUCGUGAGAUGAGUCUUCCUCUGCAAAACCCAAUUCCCUUUCAAAAUGCAAUGACAGCUUUAAAGUUUCCGAAAAUAAUGGAAUUCCUUCCACGUCUUCUGCCUCGACACUUUAAAUGGCUCCUAAACUCUGGUUCUGGAAAGGUUUUGGGGAAGAUAGAAGAAAUUUUAGGCACGCAUCCAUGGAAACUUGGAUUUAGAGCAAUCACUUGCAGAGAGCUGAAGCUCCUCCGGUGUGAGGCGAGCUGGGCAGCGUUCUGUCAGUGCCCAUCCCUGCUGACGCUGAUGGCCGAUCUGGAGAAGAACGCACUGGUCAUGUACUCCACACUGAAGCAGCUGUGCAGAGAGCAUGGGCACACUUAUGUCGAAGUGGCUGAUUUGACGGAGAUUCUCUCAGAGCACAUGUCUUUCCAGGAUGCCUGGGAGUCCCUGAAGUUUCUGAGGGAUAUUGGCGUGGUGGUGUGUGAGAAGGCCUGCGUCUUCCUGCACGAGCUGUACCAGGCUGAGCGAGGCAUCGCCACCUCCAUAUGCAACCUGAUGUUUAGGCCCCCGUGGCGCUUAGGUGUCGAUGUCAAGAAGGUGCUUGCUUCUAUUCACAGUGCACAGGCCGGGGAUGCGAGGCCUGCUGAUGCGCUGAGUGAAAGCACGCCCGAUGAAGCAAGACCAGAGAGUCCUGGUGGCCUUGCGGACUCACAGGACGGUGGGGACCAUGUUUGGAAUAAUGGUGAACAUGAAACCAAUGCAGAAGUUGGUGAAGUUCAGCUGGAUCAGGAUCAGGUAGCUGCCUUGGAAAUGAUUUGCUCCAAUGCUGUGACAGUCGUAAGUGGGAAAGGAGGCUGUGGGAAGACCACAAUUGUCAGCCAUCUUUUUAAGCAUAUGGAAUGGUUGGAAGAAAGAGAAGUAAAAAAAGCUUGUGAAGAUUUUGAGCAAGACCAGGAUGUCCCAGAGGAGUGGGUCACCUAUUCCCAGCAGAGUCAGCAGCAGGCAGACAAGGCAAUAGAAGUGUUGCUGACGGCGCCCACCGGGAAGGCAGCGGGCCUGCUGAGACGGAAGACCGGCCUGCACGCGUACACACUGUGCCAGGUCAAUUAUAGCUUCUAUUUGUGGAGGAGCAAAAUGGUGAACAAGCCGUGGAGAUUCUCUUCAGUUAGCGUUCUGGUUGUGGAUGAAGGAAGUUUGGUAUCUGUAGGAAUCUUCAAGUCUGUUUUAAAUUUAUUGUGUGAGCACUCCAAACUUAAAAAGCUUAUUAUCCUUGGUGAUAUCAGACAGUUACCCAGUAUUGAGCCUGGUAACUUGCUGAAAGAUCUCUUUGAGACUCUUAAGUCGAGGAAUUGUGCUAUCGAGCUCAAGACAAACCACAGAGCAGAAUCGCAGCUCAUCGUGGACAAUGCCACGAGAAUCUCAGGACGCCAAUUUCCAGAAUUUGAUGCAGAACUAAAUAUCUCUGAUAACCCAACAUUCCCUAUCUCAAUUCAAGAUAAGACAUUUAUUUUUGUUAGACUACCAGAAGAGGAUGCCAGUUCUCAGUCAUCUAAAAGUAAUCAUCGCUCUUAUUUAUAUUCUGCAGUUAAAACUUUACUGCAAGAAAAUGACUUAAAAGAUGCAAAAACAUCACAAUUUAUUGCAUUUAGAAGGCAGGACUGCGACCUGGUUAACGACUGCUGCUGCCGGCACUACACGGGUCACCUCACCAGAGACCAUCAGAAAAGACUUAUAUUUGGAACUGGUGAUAAAAUCUGUUGUACCAAAAAUGCAUACCUCUCAGAGUUGCUGCCUGGAGACACCUCCGACAGUGAGCAGAGCAGUGAUCUGGACGCUGGUGACAAAGACUUUGGUGGUGCCCCUCGCAAUCUCUCUAAAAAUAAGCAUGACUUUGAAAGUAAUAUUCGACUGUGCAAUGGAGAAAUAUUUUUCAUAACACAAGAUGUAACUGAUGUCACUUGUGGAAUUAAAAGGUAUUUGACCAUUAGUAAUAUGGCUGGUUUGGAAGUAACCGUGGAUUUUAAGAAACUGAUGAGAUAUUGCCGCAUAAAACAUUCAUGGGCAAGAACUAUUCACACUUUUCAGGGGUCCGAGGAGCACACGGUCGUCUACGUGGUGGGCAAGGCCGGCCGGCAGCACUGGCAGCACGUCUACACCGCAGUGACCAGGGGCCGCUGCAGAGUGUAUGUGAUUGCGGAGGAGUCCCAGCUCCGGAGCGCCGUCAGGAAGACCAGUUUUCCCAGAAAAACACGUUUGAAACAUUUCUUGCAAAAUAGCCUCUCCCUUAGCUGUGCACCUCCAGCUGGAGAUGGUGGGGAGCCCAGCAUGCCACCAGCAUCGCCACCUUCCUUAGCCACCGCUGAGACGGCAGCAUGUGACGUCCCCAGGAGCGAGGGCUCUGCGGCCGUGGACGGGACACUGACCUCCAUGGAAAGUUGGAGAUUGUUGUCCUUCGACGGAGUAGAUGCAGAUGAGGACGCGCUGGCAACACGGGGAGUCAAAAGGACCGGGGAAGUGAGCGAUGAUGGGAGUCCCAGCAAAGUCCUCAUGGUGGGACAAUCUCCACAGGUAUCUUCCAGACUUCAGAAUCUGAGACUAAAUAAUUUAGUCCCCAGAGAACUCUUCAAACCCACAAAUAAUGAAGAAACUUAAUUUUAUUUCAGAAUGUUCAGAAUAAUCAUGUUUUUUCCAUUUAAGACAAAACAAGCAUCAUGUCUUCAAAAUAGCAAGAGAAAAGGAACUACAGCUGGACUUUUAUUUUAAGGUGUUUGUGUGAACAAGUGUGAACCAUUUGAUCAAAGAAAACUUUUAAAAUUUCAACAUCUGUCAUCAUGAAACCUGGUAACACUGGACAUGAAUGAAGGGAAAAGAUGUUUUUUAUACAUAUACAUGUUUGUAAAAUUAUGUACUUUAAAAAGUCUUCUCAUCUGCCGUUGAGAUGCUUCGUAACUGCCAUGUUCCUUGAGGGUCAUCUCUGCAGCAUGUUGAAGCUGGGACAGAGACAGGCUGGCUGCACCUGUCUGCUGACCGGGUGUUCCAGUGCGUGGGGCUUCCUGCCACGUGGUCACCCUGCAGAGCUAGUACCCGUCAUGGGGCCGGGGCCAGCACACGCGGACGUUCUCCUGGAAAUACCUUCUGAGUUGGGAACUCAUUGUUUUGAUUAUGUUUCAUUUUGGAAAAUAUUUUUUCUCUCAGAGUAAUUCAGUUUUUAAAUUCUUUUUGAUAAAUGGUAAAAGAAGAAGUUAAGAGGAAAAAUGUGUUUGCUUUGCUAUCCCCUUGUUUUCUAACUGGCUUUUUUGAGAUAAUUCACACACGAUUCACCCAAUUUAAGUAUAUAAUUCAGUGGCUUUUAGUAUUCAGAUGUGUGGAGCUGUCAUCACAAUCAGUGUAAGAACAUUUUCAAAUCCACAGAGAUGCCCCACACCCCUUAGCCGUAACCUCCUGGCCUCCCUGUCCUGGAUAACCACGAAUCUACUUGGUCUCUAUGGGGUUCCUAUUCUGACCUGUCAGGAAGAACUGUGGUCAGUGCUGGUUUUUAUUUCUAAGAGUCUAAUAAUUUCAGCUCUUACCCUUAGAUCUUUAAUUGAUUUUUUUGUUUAUUUUUGAGACGCAGUCUCACUA